CCAUCUCUCUAUUUUCUUUAUCUAUACAAUUCACCCAAAAUGUCACCUUUUCUACUAAAAUUCUUGCUCUCGAUUUUGCUUCUUAUGGUAGUAUGCCCACAAAGAUCUAAAGGUGAAUUUGAGCAAUGGUGCAUAGCAGAUUCACAGGCAACAGAUGCAGAAUUACAAGCAGCUAUAGAUUACACAUGUGGGGAAGGUGGAGCAGAUUGUAGCAAGAUUCAAGAAAACCAGCCUUGUUACUUUCCAAACACACUAAAGGACCAUGCUUCAUUUGCUUUCAAUAGUUACUACCAGAUGUUUAAGCAUAAUGGCGCCUCUUGCUACUUCCAUAGCGCCGCCAUGACCACCGAAAAAGAUCCAAGUUAUGGUUCAUGCAAGUAUGAUUAUACUCCUUGAUGCAAUGGUUGGUACAACAAACUAUAUAUGAGAUGAAAAUAAUUACUCACAUGAGAAUGUUACUUUUUUGCUUUCUUGAUUUGAAAACAAUCUUAUUUGUUUAACAGCUAUAUAUAUGUUGCAAUGGUUUCUCCGA